UUCGACUGAAAUAACAAUAAUAGUUAUAGAGUGGCAGUGGUUGUGGUGUUUAUAAAAAUGCUCACACGAAAGCGAAGUACCUCAUUUGCUUCCAAUCGUUUGUUAAUCCAUUCGUAUAAAAUACUUUUUAUGUGCAUCGCCGACGAAAUAACACUACGAUGACAAAGAUAAUAUUAUAAUAUAAUAACAAAUGAUACAUUAUCAAUACGUUCGUUUCGGUAACGGAUGUUCACCAAAUCUUUAGAUGGUACACGAGAGAGAGGGUAUCAUGUUGUCAUCUGUAUUUCUGUUUGACAGGCGGCUUAUGAUAUUACUAUGUCUACUACUGCAACUGGCUUAUCACGCUCGAGUUCAAUCAAUGCACUACGUUCCGCACCCACAGAAAAGUCCAUUCAUUGACGCCACAGAGAUGGAACCAGGUAAAGGAUACUUUUGUGAUAAUGGGACAUGGAUGGAACCGAAAAAAGUUCGACAGCGGGACCUUCACAAGAAGUUCAUGCACAGAGUGCAAAAGAAAAUUUGUGAACAAAUUUUCAAUUCCAUCAAGAUGCGACUGCGUAUAAAGAAGUUUGAUAUAGAUAAUCCAUGCAACGACUAAAAUCAAACCGGUCAAGAAUUGCAUGUAUAGCACAACACCUACACGUUUAAUGUGUUUUAAGGUCGAUUUACAUCUUUAAAAUAUAUAUUAUAAUUUCUAAUUAUACUCACAAAACUUAUAAUCGAAAA